AGCCUCCUCAAGUACAAAGACAGUAUCUGUGUAGAGAAGAGAAAUAGAGCAGAGCAGAAUGGCUGUAAACCCCAGGGAAAAUCCUGCUUUCGAAAAAGAAAGCAUUAUUAUGCAACAUGGAAUAUUUGCCCUCCUGGUUGGGACGCUAAACAAUCAAAUCCAAGUGAAGUACCAGUCAAUUAAAGGCUCUCCAUUCGACAGCCACGACGUUAUUAUGUCAGUUUUCCUUGUUGCUCUGUUUAUAUAUGCCACGGCAUCGGUGGCCGAAGUUAUGCUCCGAGCUCGAGAAUCAACUUACUACACACUGGUUGGCAAUCUCCGACUCUUUGCCAGUGCCCUUGCUGCGAUAUUGCUUCUAGCUAUUCUGGCUCCAAUUCUGGGGUGCGUUAUUUCCGUCGUAUGGGCCUGUUUAUUUAUCGGAGUCGCCUAUGAAUCAAGCCGAGACUUGUCCAACAUUUUAAGCCAGUUAACCACCAAUAAGGUACUAGACAUGUUUACCAGGCUAUUUCCACGUGUGAGGAGACACGAGGAGGAACUAAAUCAGCCACGUGUCUAG